AUGCACCAAGAAGAUAUUGCUCCUGAUCAAUGGGCUUUAUUCGUAGAAUAUCGUUUGAAGCCUGAAACUCAGAAACUUUGUAAGAGGAAUCAAGAAAUUCGGCAAAAACAAAUAAUUCCUCAUACUUCAGGUGCUAUAUCAAUUGCAAGAAGAAGGGCUGAAUUGACGAAAGAGACAAGAAAAGAAGUUAAUAGAGUUCAUAUGUGGGACAUCACUCACAAGAAAAUAGAUGGAAGUUAUGUUAAUGAAAAGGCUAAAGAAAUAGCGGAGAAGAUUGAAGCACAUAGCAGCCAACAACCGAUGGAAUUAACUGUUAAUUCUUCUCUUGAUGCUCUUGGAGUAGUUUUUGGGAAAGAGCACCCUAGCCGUGUUCGAGGUUUAGGUAUGGGAGCUAUUCCAACAAUUGCUUUCAAGAACAACACCACAAGGAUUAGUCAAAUGAAUUUAGGUUCUUCAAAUGAUGUUGGCACAUCAUCUACUUGUGGUCCAAAUGUGCAAGAGGAGUUGGAUACUGUUAAAGCGCAAUUGCAAGUGCUAGUAUCCUAUAUUGCUUCUAAGGAAGGAGGUAAAAUUCCAAUACAAUUGGCUGGAAUGUUCCCUACUCAACAAGUUUCACAGGAAUUUGAUCAGGAGAGUGAGAAUCCAUCACCAAAAGAAUUAGGAAGUAGGUCUUCUGGAGCAAGCAAUAAGGAAGCAUGA